AUGGAUGUGGAAAAGACCACCAAAACAUUUACCAAAAAGAAGAGUUCAUGUCACUCAAACAAGAUCAUCACAUGUGUUUUUCUACUGCUGCUGAUUCCCAUACUCGUGCAUUUGCAAGCUUCCCCUUUCUAUUUCUUCAACAAAUGGAAAGGAAUAGCACUUGACGCCUCCGCUGGUCCUUCUAUCUCCAAAAACAGUGACGGUUUGAUCUCAAAGCUCCGAGAGUCAGUCACUUUCCUACCCCUGAAAGAUCUGAGGUUCGCUGAAACUGCCAUGGAGGGGAACACUUGGUUUAUGAGCUCCUUGAACGACACCCAUGAGGCGAACGAAGCUGAAUACCUCUAUUUCCCUUCACAAAUGUCCAAGGGGCGGCUUCUAUGCAUCAAAGGACGUCACGCGACAGAUGGCACCAAGAACUCAUACGCCUUGGUUUGGCCAGAAGCUCUUCCAGAUUCUGCCACACUCAUGAAGGGCUUGACCUUUGUGGCAGACACAUUCUAUGAUUAUGGCAAUUUGUGGCAUGGAUUGACUGGUAUGGCGCCCUUUGUUGGUUGGUCUAUGAAAAAUAAGUGCCUAAAUCCUACAAGAUGGGUACUGUUCCAUUGGGGAGAGUUGAGGUCUAAAAUGGGGUCAUGGCUACAACACCUAAUGCAAGCUAACUUUGGAGAUGUUAAAAUUGAGGGAUUUGGAGGAGAUGGGCCGUACUGCUUUGAGAAGGCAGUUGUGAUGAGACAUAACGAGGGAAGUAUGGGAAGGGAAAGGAAGCUUCAGGUUUUCGAUUUGUUGCGAUGUAAUGCUAGAAGAUUUUGCGGUAUAAGCCCUGAAGGGAAGGGACAAGAGACCAAUGAAAGAGGUGAACCGAUUAUAAGGCUGACGCUGCUCAUGAGGACAGGUUCAAGGUCAUUCAAGAAUGCAAGCGCUGUGACAGACAUAUUUGCACGGGAGUGUGCACAGGUGGAAGGCUGCACAUUCAAGGUAGCUCAGUCAGAAAAUCUAAGCUUCUGCGACCAGGUCAGAGUAAUGACUUACACCGAUGUUGUCGCAUCCCCACAUGGUGCUCAAUUGACAAACAUGCUUUUCAUGGACAGAAACAGCAGUGUGAUGGAGUUCUUCCCUAAAGGAUGGUUAGAGCUUGCCGGAGUGGGUCAGUACGCACAUCACUGGAUGGCAGACCAAUCUGGCAUGAAUCACCGAGGUGCAUGGUGGGAUCCACUGGACAAAAAGGAAUGUCCAUUUCCUCAACAAGAUCUAGAUUGCUUUAAUUUUUACAAAAAUGGGAAAGUUGGUCACAAUGAAACCCAUUUUGCAGAGUGGGCAAGAAUUGUUCUCGACCAAGUUAGGAUAAGCAAGAUGCAAAUUGCCACUAGGAGUCCCACUAACAAGCCACAGCCAAACUCAAUUGCCUGCAAGUGCUAGUGUAUUUGUUCACUUGGCAUUUUACAAUCUUAUAUUACAGGGCACAGUUGAAUGGUAACAGCAAAAUUUGACGAAAUAAUGCUUUGUUCUUGUA